CAAUGUUUGUAUAUAUUUCAGGAAAUGGAGUAUUGACCUUGUAUGUGAUGUCAGACAGCUACCUGGGUCUUGAUCAGCAAUAUGACAUUCCACUGAAAAUUAUUGAAGCUAGUCUAGAAGCUCAAGUAAAUUCUGAAGUAAUCAUCAAUGAAGUGGAAGAGGAAAGGGAGAAGAAAUGGCAUCCUCCUCCAUCAGAUACUGUGCCUACCAUGGUGCCGCCUUGUGAGGGUUUUGAAACUGGGUCGUCUUAUGACCCUCAGAAUGACUCUGGCAGUCAGGAUAACAGUGAUUCUUGGCCCAUAGAAAAUAAAGCAAGAAAUGGUAAACAACAACGUACAAGAAACAAAGAAAGGAAGAGAGAUAAUGCAAAAGGCCAAACUUGGGGUAGCAGUGAGGAAGUUAAAGGUGCUUGGUAAUAAAUCAUAGUCAUUUAAUAAUCAUUUGGUUACAUUGAAAUCAUUACUGCAAUUAAUAUUGAUGUACUGGUGCAGUUUAUUGGUGAGGUUUUCCUUGUUUCUUAAAUUAUCAGCUAUUACAUAACUAGGAAGUAUAAUGGCAUAAUUUGAAUAAAGAUUAAAUAAAAAAAA